AUGGAAAAUUUGGGGUUUGAACCCCAAAAGUUGGUUGUUUACAAUGAACACUUACCUUAUAAAGAGCUGAUCAAGACCGAAUCGGUUGCAGUAUUGUCUGAAAUCAAGGGUGAACUUGGCAGAGCAGUAGAACUACGAGAUAUCAAAUAUGGUGCAACUCAUUGGACGGAUCAAUUAUCAAGAUACAUACGUGUAUAUGGAUAUUGUUUUUCUAAAGAAGACCAUUUGAAGUUUAUACAUUUGAUGUAUGAAUUAGUGACUAUACCUGAUCUGGAACUUGCAUUAGUUGGAAAGUUUGCGUCUAAGUUGUCUGUCUUAUUAAAAAAAAAAGAAUUAUUGACAAGAGAAGAUCUGGAAUUGCCAUGGAGACCACUGUAUGAAUUAUGUGAAGUAACUGUAAAUUCAAAGUUUGAACCACUUGGACUUCAUCUUUUACCCUCGAAUAUUGAAGGUAUUUUGAAGAAUUUAAUUAGGAAUUGUAGAGAUUAUUUCCCAUUGGAAGCAACUCAAGAAAUGUUAGAUGAAUGGAGACCAUUAUUAUGUCCCUUUGAUGUGACGAUAUUAAAAGCCUUGAAUUAUCUACAUGUAUUUCUACCAACUAAUUUACCACCAGAACAUCAUGAUAAAGGUUUUAAGCUAUGGUUUGAUGAGUUUUGGCAGAUGUAUGAUUCUUAUAAGAGCAAACCCUCUUGGGAAGCAAAUUUGGUAUCAAUAUUUUCAAGAUUAGCCUAUGAUAAUAUUGGUUAUAUUGAUUGGAAACCCUAUAUUCCUAAGAUAUUUACUCGUGUUUUAAGAAGUUUUAAUCUACCUGUUGGACAACAAGAUGCUAGAAGAAUGAAUAGUGGUAUUAAAAUGGGUGAUAUUGAUAUGAACUCUGUUGUUACAUGGAUUGUAGCUAUGAUAGGACCAGAUAGGAUAGCUUUAGAGCAUAUCAAUAAAUUGUUUAAAGCUUUACAGACCUUUUACCACCCCUCAAACACUGGACCUUGGAUUGUGAGGUUAACAUUAACUUUAACAACAUUUCCAAAACAAUUUGUCAAAAGAAUAAACAGAGAAAGAUAUAAGAAAUUAACAUGGGAGAGACCAGUACCAGAUGAAUAUAAAAUCAAUGAUGAUGAUAUCACCUAUUUCGUAGAAAGUUUAAAAUCUUGUGUAUUUUUGGCAAUGUUUGGUAAAAUUGGAAGUCAAGAAUCAGCAGUAGCUGUUAGAUAUCUAGCUACUUUACGACCUGAACUUAUUGUACCUACUUUACUAGAGAAAAUGUAUCCUGCUAUGGAGACUCUGAUAGAACCACAUAGAUUAAUAUCAUGUAUAAACUGUAUUGUAUCUGUAGCUAGACCUAUGUUGAGGUCUAAGAAAUGGUAUCCUGAAGGUCCUUCUCAUGUCUUACCAUUAUUAAACUUGGCUUUACCUGGUAUAGACCCUAAUGACUUUAAAAAAUCAUUGAUGACAUUCCAGAUGUUAUCAACAUUUUCCACAUUAAUACCAAUAAUAGAUUGUUCACAAGCUGUACAUGUUAGAACAGAUUUAUCAGAGUAUGAAAGGGAAAUAUGUUUAGCAACUGCUCAAUUUGAAGAUUUUGUUCUACUAUUUCUGGAUAGGGUGUUUACAUUGAUUGAAGCUAGUGCUCAAGAGGUAACAAGUGGAACUCAAAGUAAAUUAAAUACAGAACAACAUGUAGUAGAAAUGGGUUUAUCUUCAACUGCUUCAUCUGUCUUUCAACAAUGUUCUUUUCCUAUUUAUAAGAGUGCAUUAAAGAAAAUCUAUCAGUUUGUUACUAGUAAUGUUUAUGAAACUAAAGUCAGUGGGAAAUUUGCUGCUAAUUUAUGUCGAGCUGUGACUAAGGUACACCCAGAAGAAGCUUUGAAACUUUUCCUACCUCAUUUUUGUGACAAAAUAGUGGAAUAUCUUCAAGAUAAUGAAGAUGCUGUCAAUGAGGAACAUUUAGAUAACAGUUUUCUCUGGAAUUUAUUGAUGGUAUCUCAGAUAGUAAGAUGUGAUGGUAAAAAGUUACUACCCUAUAGUCAACAGUUAAUUGAAGUACUGAAGAAAACACUAUAUCUUCGUUGUCAACAUGGUAGUGAAAUAGCUGGUCAGUUAUUAUCACAUAUACUAAAAGUACUAACCCAGACUUUUCCACUAGAAUUCUGUAGUACUAUACAUUUAUUAGAGGAAACAAAUUGGACUGAACAUUUACCUACAAGGGAUUGGGCUGCUGCUGGAGAUUUAGAUAAUUUGGAUUUGAAAUGGCACAUACCAUCUGCUGAAGAAAUUCAGUUAGCUCAGACACUAUUUAAUCAAUUUCUGAUUCCUGAAGUUGAAAUGAUGAAAACGUUUUCUAGCCAAACUACCAUAGAUAGAGAAUUGUUAACAGGUAGACUGAAUAUUAUAACACAAUGUAUAAUUGGAGCUGGAUGUUUUCUACCUAUUUGGGAUGGUGAAGCUCUUCAACUAGUAGACAGUGAAAUUUAUAUGGGAAGAUUUUCUAGUCUUAAUUCCACUGAUAAACAUGAAAUAACUUUGAAUGGUGAAAAUACAAGAAAAGUCAUUGCUAAUGCUGCUAGACACAUGUUAAAAGAAUUUAUACAACAUAGGGAAGAUGAAACUAAGAAUUUAAAGAAAAUAGUUGAGAUAUAUGAAUUUGUUAUGAUGUAUUAUGGAGCUGCUAAAAAUGAUUUUGAUGGUAGAUGGAAAGGUUUUCAUCUUGUGAAAAGUGUACUUGAAGAUAAAUUACGUGGUAAAAAGAAUCAUAUACGAGCUAUGUUAAUAGAUAGAAUUCAGUUACAACAUGAGUUAAGAAUUCUUCAUGUAUCUCCCAAGAAGUUUACCAGUUUACAUAAAGAAAUGUUACUAGAUUUAUUUGAUUUAUCAGUUAGCCACUAUAGUGAAGUAAGAAAGAAAUCACAGUCUUGUUUACAAACAGCAUUUCAUCAUUUCCCCUAUUCCUAUAGCUGUAUUAUACAACCAAUAGUUGAUAUUAUAAAACAACAGGGUAUACCAGAACAUAGAUUUAAGGGUGCAUUAUAUACAAUAUUAAACCCUGGAAACAGAACUUCUCUAUUAGAUGCUAUGAGACUUAAUAAUAAUCAAGGCAGUAAACAAUGUCUAGCUACUAAAAGAAAUUGGUCAGUAUUAAAUGAACUAUGGCCAGGUCUUAUUCAAGCUCAACAAUCAGAAAAACCUACAGUUCUGAAAGUUAUUGAUAAUAUUGUGCUUAAAGUCAUGAAGAAUUUGGAUACCAUUGCAAUAGAUAUUUUGGUUAGUGAUAAAUGUCUGGAGUCAGCUAAACAACUACUAUGUUCAGACCAUCCUAAACCUAACCACAGUCCUGGUGAUCAACAGUUAUUAUUACAUGGUCAACAAUCAGAGGCUAACAGAAAUAAACAAGCCCUACAGUUAUAUCUAAGUUUAGUAGAUAAGUUAGUUGAUAUUAUUGAAAGUGGAAAACUAACAUGGAAGUUUGUAGAAGUAGGAAUGGAGUUUAUGUUAUUAUUGUUAAGACAUGAUAUACCAGCACCACCUAAAGUUGUCAAUCUAAUUACUAAACAAUUAAUUAAUGACUCUCUCUAUGUUCGAAAGGUUGGAAUGUCAGGUGUAUCUGCUAUUCUAAAGCAACAGAAACGUAAACAUAAAAUGAUACAAGUUGACCCAUAUAAAAGGUCAAAUACCACACCUCCCUCUAGUGGUGACAAAAUUAAUAUUGGUGACAGACCAGAUAACUCAUGGCAUCAUUAUGAUUCUCACAAUAUUGUUGAUACAG